AGAUUUAAACACCUUUUAAAGCUGAAGAUAAAUACAACAACCACAAAGAACAUUAAGAAACAGAAAGCUGGCAAAACUUUCAUCUGGUUAAAAUAUAUAAUUAAAAACAACCAAGAUCUAAAAAGUGUGUAGUUAAAAUGUGGCUUAAAACUGGAUAAAAAGUCUUCUUUCAUAAAUUCAGUGUAAAUGGUGGUCCACAUAUAUCUGUUUGGUAGAAGGCAAGAAGCUUACUUUACACUGUGUCCCUGCUUCCUUAAUUUGUGUGGUAAUGCAGCCAAUCACACAUCUCUGUUUUUAUUUAAAUGUAAGAAAAUGGGUCUUAAUGUGUCUACGGUAUCUCACUCAAAACUGAACACAACUGGCGAUAACAGAGCUGACUACAGAGUAUUUAAGGGACUAUCAUUUCUGAGGCAGGUCAUCAUUCAUAACGAUCUAUCCUACAAAGCAGUGAAAAGAACUGUGUGCGUGCAUGUUUCACUGACCAUUUACAAAACAAUGCUCAUGCUAAUGGUGUUUGGGCACCACAUUAGCAGUAGUUUAGGCUGUUAAGUGCAAACAAAAAGAUGCACUCUAAUGCUAAUGGUGUUUGGGCUCUACAGUUGCACGGUGUGAUAUUCAGAGAAGCAUUAUCCAAUGGCAAAAGUUGGUUGGAACACACCCACUUGUGUGUACUAUAAGUGUGUAUGAAGCAGCCCCUGCAAUCACAAUGCUCAGCAGAGAUGACGCACAUCAACAGAGAGAACUCCCAACAGAUUCGUGUCAUGCGGGCCAAUGGAAAAUCAUCACAGGAGAUCCAGCAACAUUUUGCAAGCCUGGGCAUUAAAGUUUCACUGAGAACUGUGAGAUAUCACUUCAAGGAGAGACAACCCCGCCGCUGCUGUCCGAGGAAACUGCACCAUAAUAUCCUGACUGCUAUUGAUGAGAUGACAAAGGCCAGCGAUGAGAUGAGCGUUGAUGAUGUACAGCAGAAAAUUGAAGCGGAUUUUGGUGUUCAGCUGAGCCUGACCAGUAUACGCCGAGUCCGCAGAAAACUUGGAAAGACCAACGUCUGCCCGGUGAUAAGAGACCACAACACAGAUGCAAGACUUAAGCAAGCUCUUGAGUGGCUGGAGUCUGGGGAGACGUGGCAUGAUGUUCUUUUUACAGGCAAAACAAUGGUAGCAGUGAAGAGCAAACAUCCCAUAAAUCUCCAUGUCUGGGGAAUGAUUUCACGACACGGUGCAGGUCCUAUGGUCAUUUUUGAGGGAGUCAUGGACAGACAAUAUUUUGAGAACACCAUCAUCAAAGAAGCUGCAGCACCAUACAUUAGGAGACAUUUUGGGUCAAAUCAUCGCUUCUUCCAGGACAAUGAUCCAAAGCACACCGCUGCUGCAGCUUGCAUCAUGUCGGAGGGAAUAAACUGGGUGAGGACUCCACCAGCGUCACCAGAUUUGAACCCUAUCGAGCUUGUUUGGCAGUCAAUGAAAGACUUCAUCCGAAAAGAGGCAAAGCCAGGCACAAAGCUUGAGCUCGCCCGAGCCAUAGAGGUCUUUUGGGGGAAAAAACUGACUCGAGAUUUGUGUAAUGAAGUUAUUACAGGCUUAUCAACAGUACUGACACUGGUUGUUGAGAACAAAGGAGGGCAGAGUGGAAAAUGAACACAUUUCUGACAAUACCAACACACACACUUAUGCCCACAAGUGAUGGUGUUGCCAUUCAAAUGAUAGUGUGUCGUUCAUUGUUAUUUUUCUUUGACUUGUUUAUGUUUUUUAUUAAAUCACUUAUCCUAAUGAACUUCACACAUUACAGAAGAGUAUAGAAUAGAUCAAAACUUCCUUAUUUAACUUUUCUACUGUGCAUGUGAAAUAAACACAUUACUUUGUUUUUUACAAACCAUUCCUCUGUGUUUUAUUCUCUCACAAACAAAAAUAACGCAUCUUUUUGUCCAGGUUGGCUCGCUAUUCAAAUGGGUAUCACCUUCAUUCAAAUCAGAUGAGCUACUUGAAAUGGAGGGACAGAGGUGAAAAUGUGUGUAACAGCUGGCUAUUCAGCAUUAAUGACUUGCCUAAACAGAUGCAGACACAAACCCACUGAAGUAAAAUUUCACAAAUUGUGUGUUUAGAGAAUGGAGGACACAUGUCUGAAGAACGUCUGAGUUAAAGCUUGUACUUUUUUUAUAGCUGCUAUAUUAUUAUUCUAUUUGAUUCUUGUCCUGCAGUAAUUAAAAGCAUGGUGUAUGUACAAACAAAAACAACAACAUAUAGCUGAUAGGCUUAUUAAUGUUCAAAGGUAAACUUAUUACAAAUCAGAUUAGUGUUUUGAAGGUGAUACAUCAGUCAUAAAAAUACUGUAAGAAGCAUGAAUUAUUCAACAAUAUGUGAUUUAGCUUUGGCAAUAAUGUAACUUUAAUGUUUGUUGUUGCUGAAUACCCCGCCCUGUUUGCCAGUUAGUUGCUAAUUUUAUCUGUAUGCUGUUUAUUGCUGGGCAGGUAGCGUACAGUGGGUCUGUCAGAGCUUUUUUACUGAAAACAUCUGCAUACUGAGAGACAGCAUGUGGCCCGCAAACC